AGCUUCUUCGGAGGAAUGUCACUCCUCGUUGGAACUACUUACCCAGCAGUCCUCCAAGUAGGGGGCCUGGCGCCUCUUCCCGGCUCCCGUCCGCCAGCUUCAUCAUGGGCCUGGGCUCUGGCCUUGGAAGGCACCGGUGAAAGUCCUCCAAGGCGGACACGUAACGACCCGGUGGUUCCACAGGAUGAUGUGAGACAUAAAGUUCACCUGAACACCUUUGGGUUCUUCAAGGAUGGGUACAUGGUGGUCAACGUCAGUAGCCUCUCCGUGCAUGACCCUGAAGGAGUCAUGGACAAGGAUACAAUUAUCGGAUUCAGCUUGGACCGUACAAAGAAUGAUGGCUUUUCUUCCUACCUGGAUGAAGAUGUAAACUAUUGCAUUUUAAGGAAACAGUCUGUCUCUGUCACCCUUCUAAUCCUAGACCUCUCCAGAAGUGAAGUAAAAAUCAAGUCUCCACCAGAAGCUGGUACCCAGUUACCAAAGAUCAUCUUCAGCAAGGAUGAGAAAGCCCUUGGCCAGAGUCAGGAGCCAGGUGUCGCUGCCAUCCCAGCUGGCAACCACACUCAGCAGGCACUAGAUGGUGGAAAGUCUAAAAGAAGUACAGUGGAUUCAAAGGCAACAGGAGAGAAAUCCUUUUCUAUUCAUAACAGUGCUGGGGCAGUUUCAUUUCAGUUUUUUUUUAACAUCAGCACUGAUGACCAGGAAGGCCUUUACAGUCUUUAUUUUCAUAAGUGCCCUGGCAAAGAACAUCGGCUUAAUGACAAGUUUUCAUUCAGCCUUGAUAUUGAGAUCACAGAGAAGAAUCCUGACAGCUAUCUCUCAGCAGGAGAAAUCCCUCUCCCCAAAUUAUACAUUUCUAUGGCCUUUUUCUUCUUCCUUUCUGGGACCAUCUGGAUUCACAUCCUUCGAAAACGACGGAAUGAUGUAUUUAAAAUUCACUGGUUGAUGGCGGCCCUUCCUUUCACCAAGUCGCUUUCCUUGGUGUUCCACGCAAUCGACUACCACUACAUCUCCUCCCAGGGAUUCCCGAUUGAGGGCUGGGCUGUUGUAUACUACAUAACUCAUCUGUUGAAGGGCGCGCUCCUGUUCAUCACCAUUGCGCUCAUCGGCACCGGCUGGGCUUUCAUUAAGCACAUCCUCUCCGAUAAAGACAAGAAGAUUUUCAUGAUAGUCAUCCCACUCCAGGUCCUGGCAAACGUGGCCUACAUCAUCAUAGAGUCCACAGAAGAGGGCACAACCGAGUAUGGCUUGUGGAAGGACUCUCUGUUCCUGGUGGACCUGCUAUGCUGUGGCGCCAUCCUCUUCCCAGUAGUGUGGUCAAUCAGACAUUUACAAGAAGCCUCAGCCACAGAUGGAAAAGCUGCCAUUAACUUAGCAAAGCUGAAGCUUUUCAGACAUUACUACGUCCUGAUUGUGUGUUACAUAUACUUCACCAGGAUCAUUGCAUUUCUCCUUAAACUUGCUGUUCCAUUCCAGUGGAAGUGGCUCUACCAGCUCCUGGAUGAAAUGGCCACAUUGGUGUUCUUCGUUCUGACGGGGUAUAAGUUCCGUCCAGCUUCAGAUAACCCCUACCUACAGCUGUCUCAGGAGGAAGACGACUUGGAAAUGGAAUCUGUAGUGACGACAUCAGGGGUGAUGGAAAACAUGAAGAAAGUCAAGAAGGUGACCAACGGCGCUGCAGAGCCCCCGGGUGACUGGGAAGGCACCGCGUGAGCGCCGACCCGGAGGAUGGCGCUGUCAGAGAACACUGCAGCUUACCCCGUAGUCCUCUUGGUGAGCAAGAGCAGUUCCGACAGUCCACCGCCGGCCUCCGACAGCGACACUGCAGAGCUUGGGGCAGGGUGAAGUGCCAUGGACACCUACUUUGUACUCUUUGAGGGAAACUGGAUCUGUAGCUGGUGCCAGGCACCUGGGACUGUCCUCAGGGGAAAGGGAGGUCGGAGUGAGGAGGAGGAGGAGAGGAGCCUGCCUGUCACUGAAACAUUCCUAAUGGGCCCAUAGGCCCACACAGUGGUGGCCCUGAGCGCUGCAGUGGCCGGCCUCGGCGGCUGUCUGCUGCUCUGGGGAAUGGCCACAGGUCUCUAAGGACAUCCAAAAGGGACUGGGAGGGUGUCCUUACAUCUUUGGGAGGUGAAAAUGCAUCGGAACCGUCCUAGGAGGUGAGGCCAAGCUCCACUGGUGCCCAGCAGCUGCCCAGGUCCCAGCCCGAGUGGCGCCCUGACCUCUGCUCCAGACCCUGGCAGUGACCGGCACUGAGGGCACAGGAAGCCUGUUGCCUAUGUGCCAUCCUGUCACUGUCAGGGUCCCAGCCCCAGGACACAACCCCACUGGAGGGACAUGGGCUUCCUGAGGGCGGGAUGGAACUGUCUUUAAGCGCAGAAGCAUCCCCGGGUCUCCCUGGGGCCCCUCCUGAGCAGAGCAACAGCCCUCCUGUCUUCUUCCCCUCUUGAGGCUUUACUUUUCUUUUAUUUUUAAAAUGUGAUCAGAAUUUAGAAGAAAACAGGGACAAAUUUUCCUUAAGAACAGCUGGGGCAGAAAUUGGGCAUUUCAGCGAGUGCCUCAUGGCACGUGGGGCUUCCAUGUGGUUCAGCACAUCACCCCGGGCUCCAGGAGCCUUGGUGGAGGCAGCGCAUCAGCUGACCAGCUGCGGGUGGCAGGGUCCCUCCCUACCCAGGGAGUCCCUCCAAGAUGCAGGGUGUGGGAGGAGCCCUGGUGGCUCUCGGGGGGAGUAGAGUGACUGGAGAGGAGUCCUUCAAAUGGUGGGACACACUCAGGCGGUCCCUUGUGAUGGAGGGCUUACAGUGACCAAAUACACCCCAUCAGGAAAGCUUUGUGAUGCUUGGUGGCCUAGCUAGGUAGGGUCACUUCCAGAAGCUCCAGCCAGACCCUGCCUCGGCUUGUGGGAGAGCUGCCUGCAAGGGACAGGUCUUCCUGGCUCGGAAGGGCCAGUCAGGAACCAUGGGGCCUGUGGCUCCCUCACUGUGUUAGUUUUGGGAGCCUGAAAAGUGCUCAGAAAAUGGUGAUUCUCUCUGUCCCUGCCACUUGGGCUCCGGGAAGCAGCGUCCUUCCUGCGCACUUUCCUUAGCCGUCCACACCCUCCCGCCCUCUGGCUGUUGCUGAGGAGGCACGGGCCUCUGCCCAGCCGUGGCGCUGCUCCCUCAGGCAGGUGUGUGUGUAGGGGAGUGUGAGCAUCUUCCUGUCCUCAAGAGAAGGAAAAACAGGCCUUGAGGAUUUACUUGGAGACUUUUCCUUUUUCCUUUUUCUCCCCAAGUUAAUUGGGGCUGUGGGCCGGGAGCAGAGUUGGAGGGAGGAAGGGAGUAGUUCAACACUUGGUUUUCCUGUGCCUAAACAUGAUACCAGGGCUGCAGGCAUGUGUCUCCUUCUUUGACUGCUGAAACUCCCGUCUGCACCUCCCCCAGCAGCAGAUAUGGACGAGGCCCAGCCGCCUUUGCAGGAACAGAAAGUGUGGCAAGACCUCUCCGCCAGGAGGUUCUGGUGCUGCUGUCCUCUGGCUUUUUAAGGCCAGGAAGCAAGUGGGGUGGCAAAGGGAAGGCUGGUGGACCCGAGUCUCCGUCAGACUGAGCAGCUGCAGUCUGGCAGGCUGACCCUCCUGGAGCAAACCUGUGCACAUGACACCAGGUGGAUCCCAGGUGCAGGUGGCCAUGGGUGGUUUCCUGCCCGUGUUCUGAAUAGCCACCAAAGGCUUGAAGUCAGGCUGGCGAUGAAGAACCAACCCCCAGCCCAGGACUGGCAAAGCAGGCUCGGCCCAGACCAGAAACACCAUUGACGCUCUCCAUCUCAGUCUGUAAUUCACUCUCUCUUUCUCCACCACUUAAUAGCAGGCCCCAGGGUCCAUCUCUGCCCUUGAACAAAGAGGACUGAUCAGGAUCCAAAGCUGGGGAGUUGCCCCCACUGACAAGCCACCUCCUGCAGCCUGACCUUCCUGGCCCACCAGGCUCACUGUAGUGUUUGCACAGGAAGCCCUUGCAGUAUUCAGGCACUGGGCAGAGAAGAUGGGGUGCCCGAGGCAGAGCCGUAGGUAUUUAUAGCUCUGCCUGACGCUCCCCCGCCCUGCUUCUGCCUACGCAAAAUGUCCGUGAUUCCUCCGAGAAUCUGCUGUGGGCUAGAAGUGCUGCUGGCUGUGAAAUCUAAUAAAGUGUGUAUUUUGCUAGAAAUUUAUUUCUUAGACAACAAGAACAAUCAUUGAUCUCUUAAUCCUGGCCAAGGAUCCGAUCAUCCUAUUUCUUGAUCCCUCGGUGCUUUAAAAUUUGAGUGGCACUGCAUUUGGUGAUAUUCAGCAUGACUCUGGCAAAUUGGCAGCUCACUCUCCUGUAAUGAGCAGUUUGCUCCAGUCUGAAAGAUGCUUUAUCAGACCCAUGGCCUGAGUCGGUGGUUUUUCUUUGUCCUUUUUUCUCCAAGAACCCACUUUAGAGUAAAACCACCUAGAUUCUUUCUCCCUACCACAUGUCCAGCCAGCCAAGGCAACGCGGCCUCUGUGCCCCCACACACACACACAUACACCCAGACUGCUGUGGCGAGAUCACCGCUCCGCACCAUGAUCUCAUCAGGAUCUCUGCUCCACAGCCUCCCUCCUCCUCGCCCCUCUGCUGUGCCUGCUGGCUCCCCGCGGGCGGGCGCGCUGGGAGGACUGCGAGGGCCUUGGUGCAUUGCAGCAUUUUCUCCAAGCUGCUCUGUGCAGAGUGUGUUUCCCAAGCUAAGGAGAAUUUUAUGGAGGUUACACUGUUCGUCAUAGCCUGGACCAUGUGUGACUCUUCCCCACGAGCCCAUCCCUGCAGGCAGUGUGGAAGAUGACUGUUGAGCUGGGUGCUGAGGCCACGCCUGUAAUCCCAGCAGCUCGGGAGGCUGAGGCAGGAGGCAGCCUCAGCAACUUAGGCCUUCAGCAAUUCAGUGAGAACCUGCCUCAAAUUAAAAAAAAAAAAGAAGAAGGGCUGGGAAUGUGGUUCAGUAAGAAAGCCCCCCUGGGUUCAGUCCCCAGUCAAAAGAUGACCGACCCUUGCAAAUGGCUGUCUGGCCAUCUCCCCCACCCUGAAGCUCUUUGUUCAAGGGAGGCUUUUAGAGCCUUGGAGAACCUGGUGAGGUCUCAGGCCCAGCUCCAUCCACCCAGGAGAGCUGCCAGUGAGUCACACGGCCAGCUGCCCAGUGGCUGCUCUAGCCCUGCUCCUGAGCCCCACACCUCGCCCAGCUUGCCCCCGUCCCCGUCUCACAGAGGUCAGUGUGACACCAGGCUCAGCUGCUUUUCUUGUCCUUUUAGGAUUCAGGACUUUGACUUAUAGCUCUCAAUUUACCAACAAGACAUUUGUUUAGAACAUACUAACUGUUCUGAAAGAUUUGCUCUUUACUCUGGUUUUCCCUGGGGUGUUCUGGCAGGGAGUCCUGAAGACAGCCACCUGAGUCAACGCUGACACUUGUCACCACCUGGAACGUGGUUAUUGGUUGGCAAACUGCCCUGGCUCCAUUCCCCUGGGGCCACUUCUGUGGCCUGGUGAUGCAUGUGUGCCCCCCUCUAGGGGUGUGCUUGAGAAGUAGAUCCUGCUUUUAGAUGGCUCACUGCCCAGGGAAGGAUGGGUACACCCCCUGAGGUCCUGUGUGAAGAAUACUCUAGGAGGGGACAAGCCAGGGAGCAAGGAUGUGAUUGCAUUGCGUGGGUGACCAGGUGGGGUCCUGACAGGACAGAGUCUGGAUGAUCCAGGAAAGGAGGGAGAGACAGGGAGGUACCUUGGGGCCUGUUGAGGCUGCGGGGUGGGCCUGCUGAGCAGCAAGGGCACUGCUGCUCUCACAGGUCGGAAAUCCUCUCCACAGAGGGUCUCGGCCCCUUAAGGAGCUUCUGCAGCUCGUGCAUGGCGUUCGCCUGGUCACAUGACCUCAAAAAAGCUGGGCACAGUGGCCAACAUGCUAGCACAAACUGUUAAUCCAGAACCAAGUUUCAUUUGAUGAAGGGCUUGCGGGUCUGUAAACGCUAUGUGCUUUCUGGAUCAGUGGGUGGAGGAGUUUUCUGGACUUUCUAGCACUAAUGUCAAUGAAGAGCGUCCAUGUGCGCUUGUUGCAGGGAUGGGCUGGGGUGGGAUGAGGUCAGGCGAUUGUGGAGGACAUCUCUCGCUGUGAUGCAACCAUGUCCAAUAAAGAUCCUAUGCCGGAAGUGGGUGUUUGUACCUGAGGGAGCCUGGCUCCUGGAUGCCCUCUCUCCACCUCCCUCGAA